AAAAAAAAAUCUUGUCAACUAAAGUGGACGUAAGCGUCUGCCUCACAUUUUCUCGUGUUCUUCAGACUAACUAACCAACUAAUUGGUCGUAUCUAGCCGCGACUGAGAGACCAAAAUGGGCUGCUUCUUCUCGAAAAAAUCCAAAAGAAAGUCCUCCGAAAAAGAGGAUCUUACGCCGACAACGACGACUGUCGAAACUACGACGACAAGCAACGCGGUUCCCCUUGGCAACAACACCGACGAGCCACCGAAGCAGUACAGCUGGGAUAAGAGAGAAAAGGUUGAUCCGAAAGACUACAUGCUGACCGGGCUCAGAGACGUCACGGUGGGCCGCCUGUCUGGCAAACUGAACGGGCAACAGUUUGUCAUCCAAGAGUGUGAGAACUGCAACAUCUACGUGUUUGACCACUCUGCGACCAUCACCAUCGACGACUGCGUCAACUGCCGCGUUGUCCUCGGGCCUGUCAAGGGCAGUGUGUUUUUCAGAGACUGUAAAGACAUCAAGUGCGUGGUGGCCUGUCAGCAGUUUCGCACACGGGACUGUAAAAAGAUGGAUGUGUUCUUGUGCUGCGCCACUCAGCCCAUCAUCGAGUCCUCUACGGGUAUGAAGUUUGGCUGCUUUCAGUACUACUACCCCGAGCUGGCGUUUCACUUCAAGGACGCCGGGCUCAGCAUCUUCAACAACAACUGGAGCAACAUCCAUGACUUCACACCCGUGUCUGGAGAGAACAACUGGAGCUUGUUGCCAGAGGCUUCAGCGGUCCUGGAUUUUGUACCGGCUCCAGACUCAGAGUCUGAAUUCAAGUCUGUUCGAGUCUCCUGUGACCCUUCACGCAGCAUUGUGCCUUUGACAAAGGGAGGGAGACGCAAGGACAGUGAAGAGUCCUGCCUCUUUGUUUUCUUCGCUGGAGAGUACACCACUGCAAACGCCCGCAAAAUGAUUGAUGAGGCAACAGCUAAAGGUUUCGUGCUGAUCCAGACUAAGGAAGUGUCGAUGCGACCUGAAGACGUGAAGAGAGUGUUUCAGAACAGUGCAGAGGAACUCGUGGAGUGGAUCACCAAAGGACCUGUCAUUGCCCUCGAGCUGAACGGUGACGGAGUCGUGGAAGCCUGCAAGAACAUCGCUAAUGAAGUGUUCAGUGGGACCAAGAUUUUUGUCUCUGAUAACAAGAAUACAUCCUCUCGAGACGUGGACAGCUUCUUCAACUUUGCUGACAUGCAGAUGGGAUUGUGAAUGAGUAUGAAGUGCUUGUCAGACAUGGAAUCUGAUUUCCUUAAUUCCCCGCUGUACAGCUCAGUUUGAAUAUGAGUAGCGUUUGAUUAUUUGCCUGUUUUCAUUCUCAAAAACUAGGUAGGACACAAAACUAUUAAGGACUGUAUUUGAUAAGGCCUUGGAUUCAACAAUUUAUCAACCAUGCAGUCUGCAGACUAAAAUCCAAACACAUUCGCUGUAAAUCACUUAACAUCCACUAGUUGCUAAGAGUGCUGUGAAUAUUUAUAUUUCUAUGAAUGUAUUUGUAAAUUCUGUUGCUUUCAUCAAUUGUGAAUGUAGCUCUUUGCUGUCAGUGUAUUUCAUUUUUAUUUAAAGAUUUGUUUUUCUUUUCCGUCUGAAACCGUCGUUGCAGUGAAAAAACCAUGAGCACAAGAAUGCCUGAGGGAGAAUAUUUUAUAUAUAUAUAUAAAUCAUAUUUUUAUUUCUUAUGAAGAUUUAUUUGUGUAUGUGGUUUAGAUAAUGGACUUGUUUAAAACUUGUAUAUUUGAGAAAUGCUGUGUAGACCAUAACUACAUCUUUAUUGAUAUCUGUUAGGCCAAAGUUCAUUUGUGAAAGUGUAUUUUGCUGUUAAUCCAGAUUAACUGAUCUGUUUACAUUAAGUAGUGUAAACACUUGCUGGGUUUUAGAUGUAGGCAACUCGUGUGAUCAUUUUUUUAAAUUUGUAAUAUUUGUUUUAUACUCUAAUGAAUGUUUUUGUAUAGACAAAUUCAUGUUCUUUAUUGUAAUUUUUUAGUAAAAGUUUCAUUACACGUGACUUAAUUUUGUUAUGAGGCUUUUCACAAGCGAGAUGACUGAAACAAAGCAGUGUGUUACUGUGAUCUAGGUUAUAUGGUGACAGACGUGAGCCAGUGCAGGUAACAACAGUCUAUAAUCACAAUAUCAUUAUAAUCCGUCCUCCUGAGUAAGUGUACUUUUAGUUCUGCUCACUAUCAUCAGCGCAAAGCCACUUGGUUGACAUUUACAAAAGAAAAAGACAACGAACAUUCUGUUUGUAACCUGAUAAUAGCGUCCUUUUUAAAAAAAAAUAAAGAACUUCUAAGUUUUAUUUGAGCAGUUUAACAUUUGUGAACUAGUUGUAAAUGUAAAUACUCAUUUCUGCCUGUGUGUAUUUUGUCUUAAGCUGCUAAAAGGUUAUGAAUAU